GGCGCUCCACGCGGUUCGUUGUUUACAUGUUGUACAGAGCGGCGUGUUGUGAAAUCGUGUUCAGGGAUUCAGUUUCAUCAAUCACAUGUCUCAGACUCUUACACACUCUAAACACCUGAAACAGCAGGGACACUUUUACCGAUUUUACACCGGUUUAUUCUCGGGUGGAGUAAUUGUGUGUGAGAUCAUGUUUGAGCUCGGGAGUCGACUGGUCCACAUGUACCGCUCCUCAUGGCCUGGACAACCUGACGGCUGUGUAAAGAACGGCGGCCUGUCAGCUUCUCCUGCUGGUACGGAGCUGUCGAAAACUAAAGAGGAGAAGAUUCCUACCUUACAGGAGUUUCUACAACAUGUACAGAGGCUCAGUGGACUGAAGAAAGAGGACCUGUUCUAUAACCUGCGCAUCCCAAAUCAGUUCCAGACAUCACGCCAGGAGAUCAACCUCAUCAUCCUCACAGGUGCCGGUGUGUACUGUAUAGAUGUGAUGCCAUGGAGGGGUGUGGUUUCUGCUCCCGCCUCCAACACAUGGCACAUCCAGGUAAAAGAGGAGGAGCAGAACUUCAGCAACACGUCCAUCCAGCAGAUCCCUGACCCACUGCAGUCCAUCACGAUGAAAGCCAAAGACCUGUGCAGCCACAUGCAACGGCGUGGCGUGAACAUCAAGCCCACGCUAUUUUUACCCAGAAUCCUCUUCCUCUCACCACACUGUCUUCUGGAUGAAGAGUUGAGGAAGAGGAAGGAGCUGGUCUCUUCUGGAGACGUGGAGAUGUUUCUGCGCUCAAUCACAGAGGGUUACGUCGCCUGGAUCGCAGACGCCAUCACACCUUCGUGGAUCUCAGGUCACCUGUCAUUCAGACAGAUGGGAGCAGCGAGAAACAUUUUGGGACAGUUGGGGACGUGGGACGUGGUGCAGCUGAGCAGCGGCACUGAGCUGAAGGGAGAUUUUCAGGGUUGCCAGCACCUCGCGCUCGACAGACAGGAAACAGACAUGCUGGAGUUCAGCAGGGGGUGGAGCUUAAGCACUGAAACACUGUGGGCUCUGCUGGGACACAAACCACAGGUGACGGUGAGGAUGUACAAGCGCGGAGCUCACAGCUGGCUGGGAAAACCUCUGAGCGGGACGACCACCAUCCCGUCCAACACACACAUCGUGUUCCGCAUCAGCGGAGACGACAAAGAUGCCAAGAUCCCAGCUAACAAUAUUCACACCAUCACACUUAGCAUCUAAAGACCUAUUGAGAGAGAAAGGAGAAAGAAAGGGGAGAUCUCCAGAUAAAAAGUUAACAAACUUAACAACUUCACAUGAUUCUAAAUGUACUCUGGACUGUAUUUGAAGUAACACUGCCUUAAGCCUGACUUAACACUGCCUUAAGCCUGACUUAACACUGCCUUAAGCCUGACUUAACACUGCCUUAAGCCUGACUUAACACUGCCUUAAUCAUGAUUUUAAACUGCUUUAACCCUAACUUAACCCUGACUUACCACCUCCUUAAACGUAACUUAGCACCUGAUUAAGUCUGACUUAACACCUCCUUAACCCUGACUUAACACUCCUAUAAUCCUUACUUAACACUGCCUUAACCCUGAACUAACACCUCUUUAAAUCUGACUUAACACCUCCUUAAUCUUGACUCAACCCUUUUAAAACAUAAAUAUAAAAAUUGCCUCCAGACUGAAACCAGAGGUCAGCCAUCUUGUUUAGGUUCAGAAUUCUUCAUCCCAAUGCUUGUUGUUGACACAGUAAACUCCUACAAACAGCCUUCUUUAUAAGAACAGUCUUUGUAUGAAAGUAUUGGCACCCUUGUGAUAUCUUUCUUGUGUCUCUUGCUCAGUAGUUCUCCAUAACAGGACUCAGAUUUUUACCAGGAUCUGAAUGUUUCUGAUGUAACACACUUUAAAGGUGAAAAUUAUCUUAACAUUAUUUCUGUAAUAUAUCAUAUUUCCCUGAGAAGAUGAUGAUGAUGAUGAUGAUGAUGAUGAUGAUGACGGUUCUUCUAAAGAUGGCAUCCUUCUAAAGAACCUUACACUCAUAGGUGCACUUUAAUAUAUUCUGUUUCCUGCAUAAUGUGUACAGUGUGUCUGAAACACGUCUAAAGUCUGAAACACGUCUAAAGUCUGAAACACGUCUAAAGUACGAAACACGUCUAAAGUCUGAAACACGUCUAAAGUCUGAAACACGUCUAAAGUACGAAACACGUCUAAAGUCUGAAACACGUCUAAAGUCUGAAACACAUCUAAAUGUCUCAUUUUUGUCUUUUGGAGGCGGGGUCUGGAGACCUGCUUGUUUAACAGAUACAUGGUUUGUGACGGCUGUAAUUGCUCUCUCAACAAAACAGCGGCUGCUCAUCUUGACACGUUUUUCAACACAGAAUCCAUUUGUGACCUCGGCAUUGUUAAAGCUCUCCAAGAGCAGCGGCUGGAGCACAAGCUACGUAAACUGCGCUAAACUCCACUCGUGACACAACUGCACUCCUUCACCCUGGCACAAUGGGAAUCGCUGACGUUUUAUGGAAAUGGCGAGAGUUUGGCUAAUUAUGGCGGCUCAUUUUCUCUUGUUUUGGAUGACAAGACUAGUGUCAGAAUACGCUUUGAAGCGGCAAAUUAAUUAGCGAUUGUGUCACUGAACUCGUUCAAGGAGCGAGCACUAAUGCUAAUUUGAUGCAGGUGUGGAACCGGGACUGCUUGAUGCUAGUGAACAGUCGUGUUGAUUGUGAUGUUUUCACAAAGUUUUCUUUUAACCCUGACUAGUUUCUCUUUUCUUAUUUUUGUUUCGCAUCAAUGUUCUAACAAUUCCUUCAUUAAUUCCCUGACAUUUUUCCCUUCUUUGUUUCUUCUUAGCAUUAGCUUUUCACACUGUUUAUCAUUCGUGCUAUGUUAUGCUAGUUUUUACCACCAGAUCAAUGGAGAAAGACUUUGAUUGAAGAGUAAUUAGUGUCAGUAUCAAUGGCUAACCGUGCCGCUCUGGUGUGUUAUGCUAGCUUAGCAUGACGUAUUGUUUAUUAUUAGAAUUGUGACUCAUUGACUAGAUUGUGCCCUUCUUUUAGCAUUAUUGCUAACAGCUAGCGCUCUCAUUUUGUGCCACUUAAUCCAUUAUCAUUUCCUGUCAGUGCUAACAGCUAUGUUAUGCUAGCUAGUUUAUUAUUACAAAGAAAUAAUUGGCCUUAUUUGUUGAAUCAUUCACAAGGUUUUUUUACUCAGUGCAUUGUCCUUCUUUCUUACCGCCAGCGCUAACAGCUAACAGUCCCAUUUAGCGUCUCUGGUAUUGGCUUUAAUGGAGUUGUUAUAGAUGUAGUGCGAGUGCCUUAAGCUAACACACAGAUUCGGAUCUUUGUGAAUGGCGGCUCUCGAGUCUCAAACUGCAUUAUGUUGCACUCAAGUUUCACAAAUGGCUGUUUAUGAAUUUCCCCUGGAGGACAUUUUGUGUGCGUGUGAGCUCUGAGGUUUGACACGGAGCGGGCGUGUUAUCGGUGAAAAGCAUCGCAUAGCCAUGAGCUGACGGAAACGUGACGGUUUCUUUAGUGAGGUAUGACUGCGGAUGAGAAGCGCUCAAAAAAGUCAACGUUAUUUUUGCUUUAAUAGGAACGUGAGCUGUGGUGAAAAUGUGCAGAAAGUCUUACAAAAUGUGUUUUAGAUUUCACAACCUCGCCUUGUACACUUUAUAAGAACAUCGUAAGUUUUAGGUAAAGUGAACUCAGGUCCACUUGUAACCUGACAGAACCGAUCCUGAUCUCCCUGGGGCCCUAAGCAAAAUUCUGUUUAGGGGAACUCCUACCUGACCCGUGAGCCAUGUAAACCAUUUGCCACACUUGACACCCCACUGCUCGCACUACAAACCUCCCAACUUUUAAAAAAUUUUUGCUGCUAGUGAAUAUGCAAUAGAAGAUAUCAGAAAUGACGUUUUUACUAGUGUAAAAUGUAAUUCCUGAUAUCAAAAAUAUGGUUACUACUAGAAAUCACACUCUUAAUAUUUACAUUUUAAGUAUUGAAAACUGUAUUCUUGAUAUCAAAAAUCCAUAUCAUGUGAAUGUAUAAAAGCUAAAAUGGCUUGCCGUACCGUAUCGUAGUGAGCGUAUAGGGCCGAUCGGCUCUGGAACCUGGUUUUACUCAUUAACAUAAACAGAUCAUUUAUGGGAUUGUUUUUACAGAAUAUAUUUUAACUACAGUAUGCACAAAAACGAUUCCAUUAUCAGGGAAAGCAAUGGAAAAAUUACCUAGCUUUAAAUGCUAUGAAUUUUUAGAUGUAGCAUUAAAUAAAUGCAGUCUGUGUCCGAUAACUGAGUUUACAAAGUAUUCAAAAAUCAUAUGGUGUGAAUUAUUAACCACUCUACUGUUUAUUCCUGAGGUAAAACUGGGUGGCAUUUUUACUGUGUUUUCUACAGUUUGAUGAUAUUACUGAGGUUUGUGUUUGUUUGUUUGUGUGACUUUUUAAUUAAUUACAAUAAAA